AGACGAAAUAAACACGGCUUUCAUUGAAGACGAAGGCCCGGACGAAGAGGAAGACGAGGCGGGCGUGGAAUCAGGCCUUCUUUCAUCGUCUCAGGACAGCAAGACAAAGGAUUUCCACUUGUCGCGUAGGGUUUCGGAUGCCUUGCGAGAUAUGGAAGACAAUGCUGUCUUUGAGCGUGGAUGGUCGAAGCGAUGCUGACACGGGAUUUCAUGUUGAGGACGAGGAAGAUGAUUACAUGGACAGCCAAUUUUUCCUUCCAUCCAUCGACCGCAGUCGUUCUGACGGCGAGGCGAACGCAGCUCCCUUAGAGGGCGACAGAAAUCCUCAAUCUGUCAACGUAUCCCUUCCUGAUGUACCAAUCGAGCCGCCAGAUGAAAGCCCAGACAUUGCAAUGUUGGACGAAGACGAAAACGAGGACGCAAACACAGGGUUCAUCGACUUCAAAGCCGCCCUGGACACAGACGAAGAAGACGAGGAAGAAGACAUCGAUUCUCGGUUCAUUCUCUCGGAUGGCGACAUACAAUACCAUCAUGGCUCUAUCAGCGAGAUCCUGGAUGCUGAUGACUUUACUGUGCAGGAUGUGAAAGAAGAGGAGGAAGGAGAAACGGAGAAACACAUUGAGGGAGAGUACGAAGAAGACAAGAUCUCAGAAUGGGUCGAUGAAGACGAUUCACAAGUCCACGGUUCAGAAAAUGCCAGUGGUGACUACGAGUUUAAAGGACAUCCUUCUAGGCUCAUACCUAUCCCCCAAACUAUCACAUCGAGACUGCUCACAUCGUCCGUCCACACUCCACAGCGCUUCUUGGCAAAGUACCGAUCCCUCUCUACGCGCGUCGAGUCCCUAGGCUCCGGCUUGGGGUGGAUAAUCCCCGUCACCACACCUGGCGGGGUAGUCCUCGUCGACGGACACGAAUCCCCCGGGAGCUGGACGCCUCGCUCCCUAGCGGCCUUUUGGGGUUUCCUCGGGACGUUGCAUGAGGAAAACGGGGAUGGGAGUGGCGUAUGAUUUUUUUGGAGGCAGGGGGUAUUUUUUCAAGUUGUAUCAUUGUGCGGGGCUUAGUGUGUUGUUGAGGGGACGGUUGGAUGAGUGGGUUUGGAGGGAUGGGGGUGGAGAAGGGGAGGGUGAGGGAGGGGUGAGGAUGUUUAAGGGUUUGAGGUUGUUGUUACGCGAUUCGGUCAAUAAGGAGGUUGGAUUUUGGUGAACGUUGUCUAUGUAUUCUAUUUUUUUUGAUUUAUUUCUUGUAAGUUCUUGUAUCACGCCUAUAUAUCUAGCUAUUCACUCUGCGCAUCGGUAGAUACUUCCUUCAAUACAUUCCAAGGUCUUGAAAUCAUCCCAGCUGAUGUGUUA